GUGGCAGGGGGAAGUUGACUUAGCUUAAUAAGAAGCUAUCACAAUACUUAGCGUUAAACUAAACAAAAAGUGUAUUUUUGAAUUUUUGGCCGCAUUUUAGUAUUAAAGUAAUUGUCACUUGAAGUUAGCUUGGCAGAUUUAACUGGAGUCACGCUAGUUUACGCGGAGACAACAUUUGACUGCUUAGCUCAGCAAGCCAGCAAGACAUAAAAUGCUUUUUCCACGAUGUAUUACAGUUUUUUCUUUGAUAUUAAUUUGUGCGGCAGAUGAAGCUACACUAAAAUUUAAACGCGAUUCGAAACCUGCGAGAAUGUUCACCGACGAAGAGCUAAGAAGUUACGAUGGAAGUGAGGACGGGCAGCCAAUUUACAUGGCCAUAAAGGGAAUCGUGUUUGAUGUGACGUCUGGAAAAAGAUUUUAUGGGAAGGAUGCACCUUAUAAUGCCCUUGUGGGCAAGGACUCAACAAGGGCUGUGGCCAAAAUGUCCCUUGAUCCUGAAGAUCUGACACAUGAUACAACAGGUCUCACUGAGAAGGAGCUGGAGUCCCUAGAGAGUGUAUUUACUGGAACAUACAAAUCUAAGUACCCCAUUGUGGGCUACACCAGUAGACGAACUCUCAGUGAAGAUGGCAGUCCCAGUGAGGGCUUCAAACCAGAGGACCAGCCCCAUUUUAGCAUCAGAGAUGAGCUUUGAUGUGAUAAACAAGAUCAUUUAGCUCUAUACACUAGCUGUGGUAAAAUAUCUCAAAUUGAUUAAUCCUCUCUGAGGUAACUCUGAGAUAGGUCUCAGGCAGUGAGACGGUAUGCUUACCUAAAUGAUUUUCUGUGUCUCUCAACACUAAGUUUCUGAGGUUGGUGAAGCUGUGUCUACACUUGAGCAACUACUGCUUAUGCUCAGUUUAUUCAAGUUUUAAAAGCUUUUCAUCUUGAAUUGUACAAUUCAGAUUAGAAAUGGUGAUUGUUUUAACCUAUAAACAAAUCCAGUUUUAUUUCUUUACAUCGACUAUUACCAGAUAGUAACACAAGCUACAGAUGUGUAACUGGGUUUCUGGGGUUUCUAAUAGCUAAUUCAAAAAUAGGCUAUGAAUUUAAUCAUAUUUAUGUAGGGUUUUCAGACAGCCUUGUUAAUGGGAGUUUUUACAACCAUUAUUGAUAUGCUGUAGUAAGGUAUUUGAUGGUACUAUCUUUAUAUACAAAUUUUUUUUUUGUGAGGUAAUAUUACAUGGAUAUGAUAUGAAAUGCAGUCCUAAAGGUAAAACAGUUUAUUUGUCCAGUUAUACCUAUGAUUCUGUAAGGGUUGAUUUUGAUGUAUAAUUUACUGCUGCUUGACUUCCCUUGAUCUUUAAUCUGAACCUCUCACACUAACAUUCAGACACAGUUAAAGGUUUAGAUUAACAUGCAGAAUUACAGUUAUAAUAUUUACACCAUUGCAGUGAGGUGUUCUGACGUUUCUAUAGUUGCGUGUCGGUUUUUUUGCACGCUGCAGUGUACUGUCUGGUGGUAUCACAUGCUGGUGGUCUGGCUGCCCACAGACUAGUAAAGUAAUGAUGCACAUGGUAAGUGGGUCGGUGGGUCUUCUCGACGGGUUUUUCCCUGUAGGCUGUGCUGAAGGUCAAUCAAAACAGGCCACCCACCU